AUGGGCAGCAAGAGGCACGAUCGACGUCGUGUGCGGGGCAUCCCAGGACGGGCUCUUGCAGCGCGCGAGCGCCGUCUCAUCCAGCACAAGGAAAAACAGCUCCGUGUGGUCAUUAUUCGCCUGCGGGCGCUGGUGCGCGACAGCAGCGUUGCAACAGUUGAAGAUCGGGAUGAGUGUUUCCGCGAAGUGCGCCGGCUGGCGAUAACACCGAAAGGGCUAGUUUCAGACGAGUUCCGGAGGGAUCUAUGGCCAUUUCUCUUAGGCAUUGGUGAAGCAACGCACAAUACGCGACCUGUCACAAACAGUGAUUUAGUGGAAGUGCACCGGGAUGCAGCGCAGGUGGAGAAGGACGUGGAGCGAUCUUUGUGGCAUUAUGACGUGCUGCAGGGAAUCAAAGAGAGCGAGCGUCGCGCUAAGCGCCGUGCAUUGACGCAGAUCAUCCUGGGCGCACUAUCAGCCAACGACGAGCUGUUCUACUUCCAAGGGUAUCAUGACAUUGUCUCGGUAUUCCUGCUGACACUAGGAAGUUCGCCAACCACGAUGCAAGCUGUGCAAAAUGUCAGCGAGACAUACCAGCGCGAACCGAUGCGUCCAGGCUUUGAGCAAGUGAUGGCGACCACAAGGCUGUUAUUUCCGUUGCUGGAUGCUGCAGACGAGUUGCUAUUCCAACAUCUACGGGCAUCGGGGGUUGAACCGUUUUUCGCGCUACCCUGGAUGAUCACGUGGUUUGCGCAUCAAUUGAAACGCUUCGGAGACGUUAAGCGGCUGUUUGACGUAUUUCUCGUGACACACCCGCUUUUCAGUCUUUACGUGUCUGCUGGGGUUGUGCUGGAAGCAAGAGAUAAAAUUUUGCGGUGUGAGAGCGACUUUGGAACGAUGCAUGGAAUGCUGUCGAAUUUGCCACUCUCUAUGGACGUCGAAAAGGUGAUCGCACGGGCUCUUGUACUGUUCCAUCAACUGCCGCCGGAGCAGCUUAUAAAGCAAAGCGAUAUGGAUGCUGGCUCAGUCCAAAAUGCGUACUUCCGGUUUCCUUUGAAAUUCCAACCGUGGCCCAGUGUAACCAAACCAGUGCUGAAGGAUAUUUCUAUCAUUGCAACAACCGUGAUUGGCGUCGUAGCAGUGGCUUCCGCGUAUGCUUUUCGUGAUCGCAUUGUACUGCACGCGUGA